UGUUUACAUGUAUGAGGAAGAAUCGAGAAGUUUGAUUGAGCAGUUCUAGCACAUAACAUCACCUGAAGAUUUGCCGAUGAAACACUGAAACGCCUGACCUGACCUACAUCGCUGGCACUGAAAUCAUCACUGCCGUUUACGUUGAAAAACGUCGUGCUGCUACACGGUUAGCACAGGACAGUCAGGCGGGGACUGACACCGGAGCAUGUCGGUGCACUUCGACGAGAGGAGCGGGGUGGUCCCCUGCAAGACACCGUGGGGCUGCUGGUACCAGACCAUGGAGGAGGUCUUCAUCGAAGUCGGGGUGCCCCAUGGGACGUCUGCCAAGGAGGUCAGAUGCCGUCUGGGAGCCAGAGACGUCGAGCUGCACGUCAAAGGGAAGGAAAUAAUCAAGGGAAAGUUGUUUGAAACAACCGUGUCAGACGAAGCUACAUGGACGUUGGAGGACAAAUGUCUCAUUCGGAUCAUUCUGAUGAAGACCAACAGGGAAGCAGGAAACUGCUGGUCUUCUCUUCUUGAGGGGGAGUACUGCGCAAAUGCUUGGCUUCAGGAUCAGAUGCAAAGAAAACUCACUCUGGAGAGGUUUCAGCGGGAGAAUCCUGGCUUUGACUUCAGUGGAGCAGAGAUCUCUGGGAAUUUUACCAGUGGCGGUCCAGACUUUUCCAGUUUACAGAAGUGACACUUCAUGUUUACAGAAUCUGGUAGACAAAGUGCUACUUGGGAUUUGAACCCACCCCAGUGAGCAGACGAGCAGAGAAUCAUCAGUUUGGUCGUUUUUACAAGGGUCGAGUGAGAGACUUAUUUCAGAGCCUCCUUCUCUCAAUUGUCUGGCACAAUAGUUUCCUACGCCUGGUUAAGGUUUUACUCAACCGUUUUGAAGCCAGACUAAAGGAACUUCACUUUUGAUUAAGAUGAAUUGUGUCAAGUGUGUCAUCCAAGUAAAGAUCCGUGCAAAUACAGCUUUUCAAUAAAUCUUUAUUGAAAGGUAUGAGUUCUUGAGUUUAUCAGAUGGUAUUCCAUUGACCACUUUAAACUUGGAACAAUUUGAUAUCACUAGCUCAGCCAAA